UAUAAAUACGAGCAGCAGAGAGACAGACGCAGCUUCAGACGGUCUGGAGUCUCAGGAAACAAACAAAGGUUUUUUCUCGUCAUUGCCUGCUGGCCCCGUGAGAGUCAGAGAGGAUGUUGAUGAUGAUGAUGAUGAUGAAGAAGAAGGGGUCCAAGACUCUGGCUGUGGUGGCUCUUCUUCUGGCCUCAGCAAACUGUUUGGUUCCUCCAUCAAAAGACGAUCUUAACCAGAUCUCACUCCAGGCAGAAAAGUUUCUGGACAAACAGAUCGAGACCGCCGUUAACGGAGUGAAGGAGAUGAAGAGCGUGAUGCAGAAAUCUUCUGAGGACCACCAGAGCUUUUUGGACGUUCUGGAGAAAACCAAGGAGCAGAAAGAGGAAGCGAUGCGCGUGGCUCAGGAGAUCGAGGACAAGCUGGAGCGAGAGGAGGAGGUUUGUAACGACACCACGAGGGCUCUGUGGGAGGAGUGUAAGCCCUGUCUGAAGAACACCUGCGUCAAAUACUACUCCCGAACAUGCAGCAGUGGAUCUGGACUGGUGGGACGCCAGCUGGAGGGCGUGUUAAACAGAUCGUCUCCCUUCUCCAUCUGGAUCAAUGGGGAGAAUAUGGACGUCCUGGAGCAGGAGGGGCGGCGACAGAGCAGAGAGUUCAUGAACCUGGAGGAUAAAUACACCGAGAUGGCCGACGGCGUGGACAGCAUCUUCUCAGACAGCAUGAAGGUGGCGGAUCACGUGCACCUCAACCCUCCGGCGUUGUUUUUCCCCAACUUCCUGGCACCGUACACUCGCCACAGCAGAAGCAUUCGCUCGCUCUUCAACGAUCCGUUCCACGGCUUCCAGAAUCUGUUCUCCCCGAUGAUGGGCAUGGGCAGAAACCUCUUCAGCUCUGUGGGCUCCAUGAUGGACAUCGACUCAGACGCAGCUCCCAAUGAAGACGGCAGCGUGAACGAGGACGUGGUCAUCACAAAACCUUUUGGCACCGGUAAGAUGACCUGCAGAGAGAUUCGCCGCAACUCAGCCGGCUGCCUCAAGUUCCGCGACGAGUGUCAGAAAUGCAAAGAUAUCCAGCAAGUCGACUGCUCCGGGAAGAAGCCUCUGGAGAGCCCGCUGAAGGGGGAGCUGGAGGAGGCGCUGGCCAUGGCCGAGCGCUUCACUCAGCAGUACAACAGCCUCCUGAAGACCUUCGAGGAGAAGAUGUUUAACACCUCCUCCGUGCUGGACCUGCUCAACAAAGAGUUCGGCUGGGUGUCGACUCUGGCCAACAGCACCAACGCCAAGGACGACGUCUUCCGGGUGCAGAAGGUGAACAGCAGGGACGCUGAGGAGAAGCAGCCUGGAGAUACAAACGUGUCCGUGCAGCUCUUCGACUCUCCGCCCAUGAACGUCAGCGUGCCGGGCGACAUCCCCUGGAACGACCCCAAGUUCUCUGAGGUGUUGGCCCAGGAGGCUCUGGACCGCUACAAGGAAUCCAGCAUUGUGUUCAAAUAAAGUCUCAACCUGCUCCGUCUGCUGACAAGUUCUGGACUCAUCACACCUGAAACCCCGACAACAAACACGCCUGGAAAACUAAACCUGAAGCCAACACACUGAUUCUGUUGUAAAUCCUCUUUAAGUCCUGCUUUUGGCAAACGACGAGAUAUAUAUUGUUACAUUAGAGCUCUUUGUCCUGCUGUAAGAGAAGUAGAUGUAGAGAACAGGCCUCAUAUCAUGUCCGCUGGGCUUUGGGCUGCUUGAGUUUCCAUUUAAAAGCCAUAAUGUAUGUAAUUGACUCUGAAGCUGUUAAUUCUCCGCGCUGAACAAGGAGUUAAUUCAAGCUGCUUCAGUGGCUUUAAACACGCCAGCAGAUCUCUGAUGCGUCUCAUCUGAGCCGGUUGAAGUGGUCACACUGCUGGAGGUGAAGUCGCUGAUCGGAGAGACUAAACGUUGGAGUUGUUGUUCAGAUUGCUUUCAGCCCCUCUGUACAACAACCUCGAAGCAAAACAUAAAUCUAAUUAAAAAAACCUGCUCAAUC